AUGUAUGCUUUCCCGUUUCAUUUAGCAGAUUUAGUUAGCUGUGGAAAACCACCACCAGUACUGAAUGCACAAGACUGGUACCAGUUCACCAGUAUAGGUACCAACGUCACUUACGUGUGCAAUCCAGGCUACACCUUGUUUGGGCCAACACGAAGAACCUGCAAGGCAAAUGGGAAGUGGGACGGAGUAAAACCUUACUGCUGUACGUUUUGAUCCAAAUACUUUUUCACAAUCUGUUAUUGUUACAUAUCGAUAUUUUAGAGUGUAUAUAUUUUUAUUGUUUUGCUUAUUGUAAAUAGGUUUGUAGUUUGCAAUGCCCAUUUGAUCAUUUUUAUGAAUACCUGCGCAAUAUAAGUGAUUAAAUUAUUAUUAUUAUUAUUAUUAUUAUUAUUAUUAUUAUUAUUAUUAUUAUUAUUAUUAUUAUUAUUAUUAUUAUUACUUUUAGUGUUUACUGUGCGCUUAAAAGUGAGCAUCCUUCUCAGGCAUUGCAAGUCUAGAGUGAAGAAAAAACUCUCAAACUUGUUCUUCUUGGUCCUGCCAAGCAAAAGGCCAGAUAAUUCUGUUUUUCUCGCCUUUCAGUCUAUGCUCGACUGCAUCUCCUCAUGCUUUUUACAAACUCCGAAACAGGCUGCAUGGCGAUCUAGGAAGAGGACCUUUCAUUUGUUCUGCUGCGCGCCUUCAGGCGAAGCAAGCUCCAAAACUAUUCAUAGUUAGCAACGUACCUCUUUUCCAAGUACGCACUCUGAUAUCGAGCACAUGAUCAGACUUCUUGCUUUCCCCCUAGAAAUCCUCACAAUACACUUUUUGUGUUCAUGGACACGCAUCACAAACACUUGUCACGUGUUCUCCACUUGUCUCAACGUCACCGGUCACGCAUGCUAGAAUCGGUGAAACCAGUCUCUACCAACAGCGGCGAUAGAUAAGUUAAUUCUUAUUUGUCUUUGUCCUCCUUUCUUCAGUUAAGAUGUGUUCCUUACCAACCAUUCCGUCCUCCAUGUACGUAUUACAACCGAUAAACUACCAACGUGUCUAUAAAACUGGCGAGAUGAUCAUUUUAGGGUGCAAGAAAGGCCUAACAAAAAAAGCGAAUGGAGACCCCAUCAAAGUUUGUAUCAAUGGAAAAUGGACUCAAUCAUCUUUCAAAUGCGGAGGUAUAUCGUUUCUCUGUAUUGGCUAAUCUUUAUGAAUCUUAGACCCUUCCACGAUUUUGAUAAAUACCAGUCAGAGAAUAUCUAUUGAUACUGCUUUCAAAGACCGCCUUUCUCCCCCCCAAUCCCACUACUUUGCAACUGGGGAGCUAUAUCUUCGUUGGUUUUUAACAGUAAACCACGUUCAAACUAUAUACUAGUGGCUUCAUUACUACUUUUAAGACGUGGUAACUGGUCCAAGUUAAAUGUUAAAAAAACGUGGAAUUGUCUAUUUCUCAAAUCAUAUUAUGCUGUACGUGUUUUUCAAUGGACCAGCAAGCUUACACCCUUUAUUACAUCCAUUUUGAAAUCACUGAUGAUCCUAGCAAUCUGAUUGGCUCUCAACAAUGUGAUUUAUUCACGAAUAGCGCUACUUUUUUUUGUGCUCUAAAUCACAUCUGUUCUAAAGAUGUUGCGUCAUUCAUGCUCUAAAUCACAUCAUUUUUGUUCCAAAUCGCACCAAUUUUGCUCUGUAUCGCAUUAUUUCUUUUGCUGCUGAUGUAAAAGCCCUUUUGCUUCCCCGUUUCAACAAACCGACGACUAGAUCAGGAUAAUUUGGUACUGACUGAAUUCUGCGAUUUCAAAAUGGCUGUAAUAAAGUGGUAAUUAAACUUUGUGUAGUGCAAUUUGUAAUGGUAACAGGACUGGGUGGAGUCCAAUUCGGUCUGUAAUCAUACGAGUGAUUAACUAAAUCGGGAGUCCGAUUUGUUUAAUCACGAGUAUGAUUACAGACCGAGUUGGACGACACGAACUUCCGUUACCAAUUUAUCAUAACUUUAACAAAAUUUGUGAUAUAUAGAGCUAUUUUUUUUUUUAAUCAAAACACAAGAAAUUCCAAGACCUUUUUUUUGCCAGCAGUGAAAAAAAGCCAUUUCAGCGCGCGUGAUGGCGCGUUCUGUCCAAUUACUGAGGCAUAUGUGACGAGUACCGUCCUAUUAAACUGUCCUACUUAGGAUGAAAUCAGGGCAGUUGAUAGCCAAUCAGAUUUGAGAAUUUUUUUUUCGUUAUGAUUACGGUCUGAAAUCAUACUUGUUCAUUUCAAAUCGAACUCGCGUUUCGCGUUUGUCUGAUUUUAAAGUCACGCGAAAAGGAACGCCUUCUAUGAGAACCCCAUCUGCUCCUUCUUCUUCCCUUUCUCCUUCCCUUUUUGAGCCUGGGACCCAGACUAAAUAUGCCUUUAGUAGAUAUAUAGCAUGGAUGUUCUUGGGAACGAAAUCUGUUUUUCACUUCCUCCUAUAGAAUAGAAAAACUAAUGGCUAAAAGUUAAAUAGAAAUGGAUUCCCUGAUAUAUCUUGGCAGAACAUUCCAUAACUUAUAGGUGCAGCAAACAGAAAGGUCCGUUCACCGAGAGUUGCCUUGGGCUUAACAUUCGAAUAAAUAAGUAGGGUGCUGGCGCUAGAACUUCUUAAGGUAUAUUUAGAUACAGGCUUAUGAGUAAUUGAGUGCGAAGUACUUAUUAAGUACGUAUACGAAGGUGCUAAGCCCGUAAAAAUCUUAAAAACAAUCAACAGGAUUUUAAAUUCAAUUCUGAAUUUUACAAGCAGCCAAUGUAAAUCCUACUAAUAAAGGAGUAACGUGACAAUAUUUACUUUCAUUGCAUAUGUUCGUAUUGUUGUAGCCGCCAUCUUUGAUUUUAUGACAAAGGAAGAUUGGGGACAUCUAGCGUGUAAACAGCAAAAACAUUCGCGCGCCCGACGAAAACGCCAGCACUACAGGCUACCCAGGCACCAGUGUUAGUAAUGUUAUGCGCCCACAAAAGUUGCCUCCUGCCUUAACUGAGUUGAACAGUGGUUUAAUAAUAGUUACAGCUAUCAAGCUACAUUUCAUAUUAUUGCAGCGGAGCGUGACACAAGCUGCGACAAAAUGCUUCGACGUCUUCUGAGGAAUCGACCAAAGAACACGAUCAUCAACAUAAACAUUCGCCUUUCUAAGGCAAGGUACCGCUGCCGUGAAGGAUAUAUGUUGGAAGGAAAGGAAAUACGCACUUGUAUCCGCGGGCACUGGGUAGAGACGAAGGAACCAAAAUGUACAGGUGACAGUUUUUUAUUUUUGUUUAUGCUGUAAGCGCUCCAGGUCCAGCAUGAACUAACUAUCAAUGAUUUCAAUACUCUUAGAACCAUCUUGCGAUAUAUUAAAAACCACGAUUCAAUUUACAGGAUAGGAAAAACUUUUUACCAACAAGCUUUCGAUUCCAUCGCGGAAUCUUUAUCAAGUGAUGGAUUUGGGCGUUUGGUCACGUGAUUUAUACUGUGAACCACGUGGCAAAACCUUUCGAUAGAUUGCGGAGAACUCGUAACCAGCGUCUCUGUUCAAUGUUGGAGCCGGAAAAAAUAUUUCGAUGGCCUCCCUAACGCUUCUCUUGAACAUGCCCUCCUCCCUCGCGAGGAUCGAAGAGUAGGACAUCUCCAGGAGGGGCCUGACAACUUUGGAUGAUCCCCAACCGUCGUUGAUGACGCUGUUGUUAUGACAACGUGUUCCUUGAAGCUCACUCCGAAAGAUCUAAGCUGUCUCCAAUAAAGAAAUCAUCACAGCCUUCGCACUGAGUUUCCUACACAACUCCACAUUCUUUUUUUAAUUCCUGGGGUGUCGGAUCUUAGUGGUGGACCAAAUGCUGACUGAUGAUAUUAAAAUAAGGCUUGUGGAAUGUGCCAACUCCUUGUUUUUUGAAAAAUUUGAUAAACCGUUUUCUGAAACCCUUUGCACGUAGGGAAGUGAGAUACUGUGAGCACAAAUGGAGACGGAUUCACCUUUUGUACCCGAGGCUUUGGCUGUCUUUGGCGAGAUUCUAAGCAUCCGCUUUUUGUAGCUGAUGUCUUAAAGGACUGAUUUAAGAUGUUUCAAUCCAAUUUCCUUGUCUAAUUGUCUUGAUAACUGUCUCUGCUCGAUGAAAGAGAGUUCUCACUGCUGAUCGUUUGUGUUCCAGAUGGUGAUAUAAAUUAAAAUUCAGAUAUUGAUCGGUGUGAGUAGGCUUUCUGUAAAUGGUGACCUCCGUUUUGAUAAGAACGUAUCUAGGAAGGGUAGCUUUCCGUUGGAUUCCGUCUCCGUGCGGGUCCCUGGAGUUGAAAUGCUCUAUAUCAUAUAUGUGCAAUUUGGGGAAGGUGUCAUCCACGCGCCUAAAUCAGAUUUCCGGUAGUCUGGGGAAGUUGGACAACGCUUCUCUUUCAAACUAAUCCGACUAGAAGUUGACAACUAUAGCGGAUACUGGUGAUCCCAUAGCACACACCUACAAUAGUUUUGCGAUAAUUUUUCAUAUGUGUAAAUGAAAUAAUUUCUUCAUGUUUCUUCACGAAUAUACUAUUUUAUUACCCAUUAGUUCAUUAGGGGGAAGGGCGUGGCAGUGGUGAGAGUACUCGCCUCUCACCAAUGUGGCCCGGGUUCAAUCCCGGUUGUGAAACAUGACGUCAUUUAGUGUAUACCCUCAUCGACCCUUGCUCACCACCAAUCAGCUGUCGAUAAAUGGCUCAGUAAAAAAGAAAAAGUAAAUUGAACGGUCAGCCAUGUUAUUCGGCAUCAAACUCGAUUUUCUUUCUUUUCAUUUUAUUUUAUUUGCUAGGAAAGUAGCCUGGUCGAGCGGUUCAAUUUUUCGGUAACACUUGUACAAUAGCCAACAGCUGGUUUGUCUACGGCCGGUUGGGUUUCGUAACCUUGUGAAUAUGUUCAUUUAAUUUCAAUUAUUUGUUUAUGUCUUCAUUUUUGGGUCACAAUGAAAACUAUCGGGUUACCAUAAAUUGUGCUACCCCUAUAAAGUCAAUUUGUUUAUAUUUAUUUAUUUGUUUGUUUAUUUAUUUAUUUAUUUAUAUUAUUGUUUUUAAUCAAUUACUAAUUAAGUUAACAACUCGGCUCUAGAGUAUUAAUAAGAUUGAUAUAAAAGUUCUGUAGAACUAGAUCUCACACUAGCUUCCGUUCCUGUAAUUGCAGGCUACUCUUCUUGUGGCGUAAGUUCGUUCGAUUUUAGGAGUCGUAUCGUUGGUGGAAAGAACUCCAAAAGGGGAUGGUGGCCAUGGCAAGUUGGAAUUUACAAAUACAGUGACUAUGGUAAAAGAUGUCAGCAAAAAAUGUUAACAAAUUAAUAGCCACCUCCAGAUGAAUAUUAUUUAUUAUACUCGAUGAUUUAUGCUAGGUCAGAGUUAAGUUGUCGAGUCUACUUUGUCACAAUGAAAACGAUUUUCAUACCGAGAGGCGAACCCUGGUGGACUGGGCCCCACGGACACCUAACUGUGCUAUCACUUCUCGGCUCAAGCAGGCUAUUGAUCGUUUUCAUGCACAUGACGUCACGGCGGCCACGAAAAAUUUUGUACCAAAACAAAGAAAAGGCGGCAAUGUGUUGUUUUGCCAAAACACGUUAUUUUUCUCGUGUAAAUACUUUCCUUCGUUCCGAUAGAUUUGCAUAACAAACAUUUUUAGACUAAAGAAAGCGUUUACAUAGGAAAAGAGUUUAACUCCCGCAAGAUUUGUUUGGACCACCAACAUGGUCGAAACAUGGCCACCGUUUCAUUGUUUUGGAACGGCCACCGAGAAGUCAUUUGAAAACACACUGAAGGUGAUGUUAAACGGAACGAUUCUCAACGACGAUUUUUAGCACAACACAGCGUCUCAAUGUUGGAACAGUGUUGCAACCCUUUGAAACAAUGUCGCAACAAUGUUGCAAAGCUGAGUUGAGCUAAAAAUCGUCGUUGCGAAUCGUCCGGUGUAACAUCACCUUAAUUCAAAUCAGCCUCGAACUUUGUUUGUGUAAAUAUUGGCGCAGAGACCAUUACCACUCUAUUCACUUUGAAAACACUUCAGCGCCUUUCUCUGAUUACAAUUUGAAAAUAAAAAUGAAGAUAUCAGUAAUGGAAGCUAAUUUUAAAGGAAUUCUAAUGGUCUAAAAAGCGAUAUUGCAACCAUAACCCCACACAAACACGUUAACAUGCUGGCAUUCCGUUGAUAGUAAUUGGACCUAUAAAGAGUAUUAAAAGUAACACUGAAAGAUCUAUACAAGGUAAAGUAAGAAAAAUCACAUUUAUAUUUUCUCAGAUCACUUGAAUUUACCGGCUCUUUCAUGCGGUGGUGCUUUAAUUUCUCGGCGAUGGGUUCUGACUGUGGCCGGGUGCUACUGGAAUGCUUGGCAGCGUAGAUUACACACAAAUACUACCAAGUGAGUACUUAAAACGAGGCCUUUCUUUGAGCAUCUCGCUCAAAGUCCCGUUUACACUCAGCACAUAAAUCUCGCCUUAUAUUGCACAAGAAUUCCCGACCGCAGAAAUAUUUACGAGAUACAACGUGUUAUGAAAGUUGCUUGUAAAAACUGAUAAAGGCUACUUGGUCGCGACGAAACCCCUCUUGGAUAGCCUGUUCUACGUCCAAAAGUUUUUAAUUCACGAGUAUUUUCCUUUCUUUUAUACCUAAAAGCUAUAAAUAAUAUCUGAACGUUGGGUAGUGUAAUGGUCGUCAAGAAAUGACGGGUUUGAAGACAAGAAGAGAACGGGAAGACCGAAAAUCCUUAAUGAGGCAGCUAAAAGAAUGCUGAACAAAGCUAAGUACAAAGGCGGAAACUCGACCAGACAGCUUUCACAACAAUUUGCAAGCAAAGGCCAUGUAGGGGGAAUAAACACCAUCUGGAGGUAUAUGAAAAGCGAAGGUUGGAGACCGCUGAGAAGAAGGAAAAAGAAACCUCUGCUUUUAGGAAUAAAAGCUUUUAGGAACUGUGAAAACAAGGUAUCUCGUAAACAUUUUGCUUUCGGGAAUUCUUAAGCGAUAAAAGGCGAGCUUUAACUGUCCUGUUUUGGCGAUUUUGAAAAGGACAAGCGUACCUAAGUAAACCCGAAGUGUUUGUUUAUUAUGUUAUUUAUUUUAUUAUUAUUGAUAUCUCUUUUAUCACAGUCUUUGCUGGUGUUCUUUUUGUGCAUCAGCUGGGCGCAAACCACGCACCUAGAGCCGGCAGUCACUCAAGUCAAUCAUUCUGUUCAUACACUGAGCACCUUUCUGAGGAUUCGCGCGGAUCCGAGCAUGCAGAUCUUUUGAAUUUCUGUCAUAGUAGUUCUCUCUGAUACUUUCCUGAUGUUUUGUACCAUACUCCUCUUCACUGUACCAUGCAAGCGCACCAACAACCACAGGGAUCACUACGGUUUUCAUAUGCCACAUUCUCUUUAUUUCUAGUUCUAGGUCUUUGUACUUGCUUUUUUUUCAGUUUCCUUCAGUGCCUGUUUCUAUCUGAUGGAAGUGUCAUAUCAAUCAGUUUGCAGGUGGAAUUCACUGAAUCUUUAACGAUAAUGUCUAGUCUGUUCGCUGUUAUAGUUCUAUCAGUAUUGACUGGCAUGUCCCACAUGAUGGUGAUGGUGUUAUCUUUAUUGUGCAUCACGGUUUAUUAUUAUUAUUUAUUUAUUUAUUUAUUUAUUUAUUUUUGGUAGAUAUCUUCUGAAAUUUGGUGACCACAGUUUAACGAGAAAAGAAGAGUCUGAACAGACCGUGUUCCCAGAGCACAUUUAUGUUCAUCCGAAUUUCAAUGGUUCCUCAUAUAUGAAUGACAUAGCUCUCGUCAAACUAAAGAAAGAUGUCACUCUUGGAAAGUUUGUUCGAACUGUGUGCAUUCCACGAAAAGAUGAAGGUGAUUUCGCCUUGACUAGUAAAUACGGCAUAGUAACUGGAUGGGGAGCAACAAUGGCCUUGAAGAGUGGAGAGAGACCUAAAAAGGCAAAACGAUAUGGAAAAAUUCUUCAAUACUCUGCUUUCACAGUUCAACAAAACCAACUUUGCGCCAACAGAUCGUCGAUACCUUACAACUCGACAGUGACCUUCUGUGCCGGGGACGGUAAAGGGGGAAACGAUACCUGUCUUGGUGAUGGUGGAGGAGCUUUUGUUCGCCAAGCAAAGAGAGGAGAUGGCUACCGUUGGAUCGCCGCUGGCCUUGUCAGCUGGGGGGAGGGGUGUGCACAAAGAAAUCGUUAUACCUACUACACCAGGGUGUAUCCAUUUAUUGACUGGAUAAAGAAAACUAUGAAUGAACGAUGA